CUUAAACCCCUAAUGCGUAUUUGCACUUAAUACCGUAUAUACUCGAAGUUUCUUUAUAAGUCUUAAUCCCCGUAUUGUUUCGAGUUUGUAUUGUCACUGUAAACGCAUCUAAUACACCCACCAAACACAGAAGAUAAAUUGAAAAAAACAAAUUUGUUACUUGGGAACAGUUUCCGAAACAGUUAACCAAUUUGGACAGGAUACGUACAAUUUUUCCGUCUGUACUUAUUCUUGGUCAGGGUCUUUCAUUGGCGUCUUAUCAAGCCUUUCGAAUGGGAUGAGUGAGUUAACGGGGUCCCAAGAAACCCGUGUUUCUUGGAAAAUCUCACCAAGCAGGGCACGGACGUUGAGCGCAAAAGAUGUCUCAAAAUUGUUUCAGGGGAAUACCAAUGCUGAACCUACGUCGCCUUAUGAUCCGGUCGGUAAGCUUUGGAAUCGAAUUACGGCUUCACAUUCUACAGGCCAACGUUCAGUGUCUUUGCCUUGUCCGUUAGAGAGUAAGACGCCUACGAAAUCAACGAGACCGUUUAUUUUAAAGCGAAAGCGUUCUUCGGGUAAAGGCAGUGAUGAACUUGGAACCGAUGGUGACGAAGACGAUAUCCCUAGUUCGACGAUAAAUCGAAAAUUAAACAGAGUGUCGAGCUUAUUAAGUGUUCUUCGGGCCAAGCUUGAUAGGGAUUCUAAUGCUCAUGAGCGAGAGCAUUCAGGCUCACCGAAAGCUUCAAAGCUGAAGAAGUCAUUCUCGGAGCCCUAUGGCACUGAGGCAACGUCCUCAAGCAGUUCUUAUGAAACUCAACUCAUCGACGUCGAUGCAACUGUCCUUCCCGCGCCCGUACAAAAUGAUGCCGAAGACGCUGUAUCUGUAGCCAGUGAAUCAACAGUCGCUGAUGAAACAGAAUUGCAAUUAGAUGAAAAUGACAUACAGCAACUGGAUAACAUUGAGAAACACUGGAUAUCGACUCAAACUGCUCUAACACAAGGGUCUGCUUCCAACGUAAAUACCGAGGAGCUUAAACCGACCUUCGACUACAGCAGCGAGCCUAGUGGAGACGAUAUUGACUGGGACGAAGAAGCUAUCCAAGCAAUCAUGACGCAAACGGAAGCACAAUUUCUCUCAUCUGCUGCCCAAUAAUGCGUCCCCCAUUUCUACUCUCCUAUCUUUAAUCCCUCCCAUCAUCUCUUUCUUUUUGCAUUCUUCUGUUCAAUUUUUGCGUGAAUCAUGUCACACUUCGUUCUCUUUUCCUUUGGAACCCCUUUCUGUUCUUUCUUUUUUAUGAUAUUAAUGGCCCCUUCAUGAAAUUUAUUCAACAUUCAUUAUCUGGUUACUACUACAAUAAUGGAAGCCAAGUAUAGACUGCUUCCUCUCAUUUUUUUAUUAACAGUCGCGAUGAACCAUUGAAACCAACUUUUCAUAAAUAUCCCGCUUCUGAAUCCAAGUUCUUGUUUGUUUCUUUCUUUCCACAAUUAAAUUGUAUUGAAUAAAAACCAGGGAAGCACUUAUCUCUUUCGACCAAGUCGGUUCUUCUGUGCAGCGUUUCUGAAACAGACUGCUCUCGAAGGCAUCUUCCCAUUUCGCGUGAUACAGUAGCUGGGUUAGACUGUCUAGACUGUCACGCAUUUCCUGUGUCUUUCUAAUCUUUGACUUUAGGGACAUAGACAAUCUCGUACUUUGCUUUGCAUACUUUGGCCGAAGAAAUGUCGCAUAACUUGACGUAUGGACAAAAUCAAACAUCAAUCGGUUUCCAGCCUUUGAUUGAAUUUCUAACACUCGUUCUUCAGUCAAAGGCGUUUUACGCAAACCCCGUUUCUGAAAUUUUGUAACAUCUAAACCGCCUUGCUUUGUACAUAGUAAGUACUCUGAAAACCUAUGCUGUAGUUCCUUUCGUAGCUGCUCCGUUGGAAAUGUACCGCGAAUAGUUUUCUGAAAUUUAUUCACAUACUGUAAGAUUAGGAUGUUAGUAUCUGAGACUUCUGUG